AUGACCUCAGAUAUGCUCACUGGAGCUAUUCCAUCUAAUCACACAAGGGCACUGAUCGGAGACAUUGCUCUGGAAGGUACUUGCGGCCUACCGGCGAAUGUAUCAGGAAAUUCUUCAUGCCCGUCAUCGAACCACCCCUUCAAUACUAAUGGCGUCUCCUACUCCCCGUGCUCCCCCACACCUCUGAACUUGAACUGGACGGCACAAGGAGUACUCGAUGAUGCAACACUGGUACCCCUCGACAACGAGCCAUUGUACAAGAAUGUCAGCCGUCGGAUCAAGCUACGCACCAAUCAGGUUUACUACGAAGGCAGAGGAUCAGGCAGUUGGGACGGCAACGACGAUUCGCUUUACAAGACCCCUGCGAAACGCAACAACCUCGUCAUCCCGCCGUUCGGUUGGUUUUUGAUCCGCUUCAGAGCCGACAAUCCUGGCGUUUGGUUCCUCCACUGCCAUAUCGACCUCCACUUGGUCGGUGGCAUGGCUGCGACCAUCGUGGAAGCACCCGAUGUGAUGCAGCUCGAGCAGAGACUCCCGAUCCAGAACAUCGAGACUUGUGAUGCUAGCCACAAGUGCUCUGUGGGAACGUGCAACUGCAAGUUUGAUGAGCUCUCCGAGAAGCAGUCAAACGAACAGUGCAAUACAAUCUUCAACUCCAUCGGUUCUACAAAAUAUGGGGCGCUGAUUCAAUGGUGA